GACGACAAUGGUAUAGUACUAUUGGUAAAAUGAUUUUAUCCAUUGAUAUUACGGAACGUCGAGACUAACACAUUCGUUUGUGGAUAACCUCAAAGUGUGCCUCAUUGGUGCUGUCUAGUUCUCUUGGUCUUUGCAGAGGCUUCAAAUCAUCUGGUAGGGGGCCUGUACAGUGGUCGAUCGCUGAGACAAAUUUUCUCUCUUCACCGCCUCGAGAAGAAGGUCAAAGUGAACCAAAAUGUGGAGUACCAUCAGGUAUAAAUUGCAGGAGACAACGUCGCCUUCAACCACACAAAUCAACGAACAACUCCAUCUCUACCAAAUUACUACUGCACAAUGAACGUACUUCCCACAGAAGUACUUGCCCAAAUCAUCGAGGAAGCAUGGGCACUUCCUCUUACCCCCUUUGAACGAUUUCGAAUGACGACCUCUUCCGUUCUCGUCAGCAAAUCGUUCGCUUGGGAAUUCACUCGCGUGUUCUGCACCGACGUACACGUCUUCUCGCCCUCCCAUCUUGACCACGUCAUUGGCCGAAUGCUACAACGAGACACAGUAGCCUUCCGGCCGACCGACUCGUCCUUUUCGCCGCCAUCAUUCUGUCGGUCCAUCACUUUCCUCCUCGAAGUCGAUCCCUAUGGCACCAAUCCCGUAACGCACCCAGUAUCCGAGGAAAUCUACGAUCUCAUGCCGGUGCUUCAGCAAUUAUUCCCUAAAGCCGGCCGGGUAUCGAUGAACUACCACAACUGGUGGUAUAACGACUCUUCGCUCGCACGGUUCCAGCUUCCGGAACAAGUUACCGAGCUGGAGAUGGUGUACACGCAUAGCGAGCGGUGCAUACAAGAGCGUCUGGAGAAGAUUUCGAGGAUCGAUGUCAUCCCGCCGUACGACCUGCCCGGAGUGAAGAAGUUGACGAUCCGGGGAGGGAAUCGCCUGUUCAACAGCCAAGUAAAACAGGCGUGUUACAAUGCUCGAAACUGAUGAACAACCGGACAAUAGCUAUUAGUUAAAUUCUGUCGCAUAUCUUCCUGGACUUGCUAUCUAUAUCCUUUUGCCGUUUAUCUUUUACCUUUUUACAUUUUGGACAAUUCAGGUUUUUACUACGAGCUUUUCCUGAUCCGAGAUGUUAUCGUCAAUGCAGACUAGUACUUGGAUCCAGUUCGAACUAUUCGUGCAUGAC